GCAACGCUCUACCCUGCUGCCCAGGCUCGCUCGCUCUCCUCGUUUGCAGUCAUGGCCGCCGCGACGCCGCUGUCUCCCGAAGGCCUGCUUUUGCCCAAAGGCGGCGCCGGCAAGGUCGAGCAGCUGGGAGCGGAGAUCGAGGAGGACGAUGACGACGAGCUGGAUGAGACGUUGGGAGAGAGACUUUGGGGUUUGACAGAGAUGUUCCCAGAUAGUCUUCGAUCUGCAGCUGGAGCAACUUUUGACGUAUCACUUUCUAUAGCCCAGAAAAUGUACAGAUUCUCCAGGGCAGCUCUGUGGAUUGGGACAACUUCUUUCAUGAUCCUAGUCCUUCCUGUUGUUUUUGAAACCGAGAAACUGCAGAUGGAGCAGCAGCAGCAGAUGCAACAGCGGCAGAUUUUAUUAGGACCCAACACAGGACUCUCUGGAGGAAUGCCAGGUGCUCUGCCUCCUCUUCCUGGAAAGAUUUAAUUAAGCUUCAUUGGAGCCAUGACAUGGAAGGAAGCUCAAAAUCAUAUGUUCGAACUGUUGUUGGGUUAAGGCUGGAGCCUUUCUUUCUUUAUGGGACAUUCCCCUAUUCACAAUGGAGGCAGAACCCAAAUCUGGAUCUCCUGAGAUGGGUUUUCUUCCUUCAUCUUUUGACAGUCAUGAUUUUCCCAUCCACCCACUGAAUCAAUGUUAUAAUCAGCUGCAAGGACUUUUGAAGCUUCUAUUUGGUAUCCUUACCUCCAGAAAACCACCUCAGGACAAGUCUGACACUGGCCAGCUUUAGCCAGAAGUGUUAUCUGUGUGAAUAAUCCUGUGCUCCCUUCCUGCUUUAUCUAAGAUCUGUCUCAAAAGAAGAGCAAGAAAUGCAGUAAACAUGCCAGCAGGUAUAGUAUGGAGAAGAAUCUAGUGUACAUUAAAGUCCAUGGUGUGAGCGCCUACUUGAAUCUUCUGUCCUAUAAUGUUUCGAAAAUAAGUGAAGCAGGAAAAGUCAAUUUUGCUAAUUAUCUGUGCUGAAUCUAUUAGUAUCAAAGUCAAGUACUACACUUUUGUAUUAAAUAGUUUCAGUGCAAACAAA